AAUGACGUUUCCACGGACACGUUGUCACACGAGUCUCCACAAGGUUCGAUUGUACGCACGCGCUUAAAAGUGGCAGUAAGAUUUUCGAUUCACAAUCGAGUUGCUACACAACAUUUUUUAAACUAAUUGGAAAACAACAAGCGUAGAAUGUCGGGAAAGUCAAAGGCAUUUACUAAGGAGGAAGAGCUCCUUCUUCAAGACUUCUCGCGGAACGUUUCGACGAAAUCUUCGGCGUUAUUUUAUGGGAAUGCAUUUAUCGUUUCGGCGAUCCCAAUCUGGCUCUUCUGGAGGAUUCACUUGAUCGACAUUUACGCGAACUUAAUUUCCUUCGUAUUAGUUACCUUAGUGAGCACGUACGCUCUUGCACUGGCAUACAAGAACACAAAGUUCGUACUGAAACACAAGAUCGCGGUGAAGAGAGAAGAUGCAGUGACAAAAGAAAUGAGCAGAAAGUUAGCAGAGGACAAGAAGAUGAGCAAGAAGGAGAAGGAUGAAAGGAUCUUGUGGAAGAAGAACGAAGUAGCCGAUUACGAAGCGACGACGUUCUCAAUUUUCUACAACAACGCCUUAUUUUUAGCUCUUAUAAUUGUAUCCUCUUUCUACAUUUUGAAAACGUUCGCACCAGCUGUAAAUUACAUCGUAUCCGUGGGUCUGACGAGCGCACUGUUAGCGUUGCUGUCAACUGGGUCGCAGUAAAAUAUAUUCGAUGUUCGAAUAUAAUCAUUCGAUGCUCAUAUAUUUGUGCGAUUUCAUCAUUUAUUUUAUAUCGUUAAGUUCGCGAGAGUGAAUGAGUACGUAUUAAAAUAAAACCAUUUUGUAUUUAUAGUAAA